AGGUGCCUUUUUGAAGAGGAGACCAGCAGUCUUUUUGUGGUAAUACCCAUCCUCAUCGUGAGAGCUUCCUACCCAGGGACCAGCCUAGAACUCAGUUAAUUUCAGGAGCAUCUGCGAUCUAUUUGAAAGCAGAACUCCAGCAACCAUUUUCUAGGCACAGCUGUAAGCCUUUGGUCCAUCUUGGUUCUAUUAGAGGCCAACAGAAGGGUCAUUAAUAGGCUCCACAAGAUCCACUCUUAAUCAAGAACUCAUUUGCUUUCAGUAAUACUUUAUCUCUUGAGAAGAGGGUUGAGCCAUGGAAUCUGUGUCGAUCCCUGCACUGGUUGCUGGACUUAUUGAUUGCGUAGCCCAGCUAAUAAGAAUAGCUGAGGAGCUGCUGCAGUUUGUCUCACAGGAACAAGCUCCUUCGGCACAGCAGAAUGAUACAGCAGAAGCAGCGGCUGCAGUUGCACCUCCUCCUGAUGAAGAUUCUCUACCGGAUCUUGCUGAUCUUUCUGACUUAGAGUCAUUACUUUCCGUAAAAGAAGAUGAAGACCUAAUCCUUGAUAUGGAUGAAACUAUGAUAGAUAUGACUGACAUCUAUGAGGAUAUACUCCCUGCAAUAAAGGAUGAUACAGAAAGCGAAUAAGAUCCAACAUAUUAAAAUCAUUUUUCUCUUUCAAAUAUGUUCUGCUUUCUAAGCGUUAGCACUAAGUGUUUUUCUUCUAGGUAUGCAUGUUUUCAUUAUUAAAACCAUGUAGAAUAGGGAAGCUUUGAUUUCAUUUUGGCAAAACUAUUUUUUUUCUAAGUUUUAAUUCAAAAGACUGACUUUAGUUAUGUAGUUCUUCCUUUCCUUGCAUUAUUAGGAUUCUUCAUAUGACCGAAUAAUAGCAAGGGACAGAAUCUACCAAAGAACAGAGUGAAGAACUGAUGAACUUUACCACAUAGAGAUUCUGACUGUUACUAUUCUGGGAUUCAUGGAAAUUCUAAGGGCAAUCAGGCCCAUAUUACAGUGAAUAUUUUCACAUGGACAGCACAAUGUUGUGACAUUGCAUGUUAAAAAGAGAGGUUUCUAUGGCAGAGUUAAGGGAAGUAAUUGUAGAAACAUUUUUUUAGAUAUAGAAAGGUUUUUCAGAUCUACUUGGACCAAACCUUUGCGAAUUCUGGGGCCAAGAUAUUCCAGUGAACGACUGCUUCCACAAAUGCUGAUGCAUGCUGCAGCUUUUUUUUUUUUUUUACAAUCCUUUUCUCUGAUGGAAAGUGAAGCUUGUACCAAAGACCAAAGAAAGAAGUUCUAGAAAGGCAAGACAAGGCCUGACAAUGACUUUAUCAACAGCAAGUCAAACGCUUAUGUCAUCAGCCUGGAGGUUAUGGUCUACAAGGGAAAGGCAAACCUUCUUGUGUAUAACUGAGUUUAAGACAUAUGGACAGAAAGUAGGAUGGCUAAACCUUAACCUAGUAAUAUUUGUAUUGAGGCACAAUAAUCUUGCACAUGUCAGAAAGGUGAAAUAUGAUAGCUGAAGAACCCUCAUCCUGAAACAGAGAUCAACUAAAUAAAUGUGCAUGCAAUUCUUUCACCUCCAUGGACAGAUAGUACGGUCUUCUUACCAAUUUAUGUAGAGUCUUAAAGCAUGUCAUUGUUAAAAAGUUAAUAUGGCAUUUAAUAUAGAUGAUAAUGCAGGCUGAACUAACUAAUAUGACAGAUACAUGACAAAAGUACAAACAAAAUAAAUGAAAAUUAUAGUAAAAUGCAAAUGCUGAAGUUAGUUACAUAUUAUAGUAAGACUAUUGCUAUAAUAACCUUUUAUAAGCAAACCUAAUCUUUUUUCCCAAUAGAAAAUGAUUCUAGGCACAUAGGUACAGCCAAAGAAGCAAAUGGGUGAUGCACUUAAAAUAAACCUAAGCAGAUUGGAGAAAGAAAGAAGAAAUAGUUUAUUUUUCCAUGCCAGUUGGAAAUGUUAAUGAGUAGCAAUAAUUAUAAUUAGUGAAACAGUUAAGAUUCUUUUCAUAUUCAAUAAGAAUAUUUAUCAAUAAUGAUAACAAUCAAAGAACUGUAGGACAGUUAGAAAACAUAGCCUACACUUUAAGUAAGGGUUUUGAAACAACUAGGGGAAAUAUAUAUUACUGUGAGGGAAAUUCUAACUGUAGGAUAUGGGGUAUAAUUUUCUGUCGAAAUAAAACUCAAAUCAUAAAUAACUGGACAAAUUUAGGAAACAUCUAGAGAGAGGCCACUAGUCAACUAUUAAUUCUAUUUGGUGAGAGAGAGCGAACUUGAUGCUGCUCAAACAUGAUAGGCACACUAAAGGGUAGACAGCAAUCCAAGUAGAACUCUAGAAUAUAGGCUUUACAACCAUUCCACAACUGAUUAAUAAGACUUCGUUAAAACUGGCAGUAUUUUAGAGAGCAUAAAAUUAACUGAAGCAGGCCCUAACAAGAGAAGCCUGUAAGUCUACUCUAGACUUUGCAAUAAAACAACACCUUAAACAAGACAGAACCAUAACGGACACUGCAAUUCUUAGACGUCAGAACAAGGAGAUGGUGCAAGCUCAUAAUAAGUGGAUCUGCUUAGCCUCUUAGUUACUUGUAACACCUGGAGAGAUGGGAGUGUAAUGGCACCUAAGAACUAACUGCAAUUUCACUAUCUGUUUUGAUUGUAUAAUCAUAUGCAUUUACGAACUGCUACACUGUAAUUCUACUUCAAGAAAUAGAUUGUUGUAUUAAGUAUGGUUGCUAUAUGGAACAGGGUUAGAAGCAGAGGUAACGGUGAUAAGGAGAAAGUUUAGUGCUACGAACACACUAAAGAACAAGAGCUAGUGGGGAAGGUAUUUUCAGUAGAGAGAACAUUUUAAAUUGCUAAGAGUUACACAAUUGUUUGAGAUGGGGUUACUUCCUAAGUGAGUUAGUCUGUACCUAAGAUAUUGCUAGAAGUAGCGAGAUGGUAGUUGAUAUAGAUUAAGUAGAAAGUUAAACUAAAAAAAGAAAUAUUAAUUAUAUGCUUAUAAGACGUAUCUGGUUGAGAUGUUGAGUCUUUUCCAGGGGUGUGAGGUGAGUGGCUGGUGCAUUAUUCAGGUAGCCUUGUUUUGGAUCUUCUUUAGGUUAAUGCCAAAAUCAGAUUUUGUAUUGCAUAGAGAAAUGGAGAGGGCGCAAGGCUAUAUAUUUUGAGACAAAUUUAGAGGUGUUUAAAUCAAGAGAGAGAGGCUGGUAGAUGGCACUGAAGUAGAAAGUAUAAAUCUUAAUGCUUUAGCUAAACGAGGAAAGCUAUAUACCUGCAUAUAUUCUAUAAACUACAUAUCUGCAUCCUUAUAUGUAAUGAUUUGUUCAAAUUAUUAUGUUAUAAUUUCUUAUGA